AUGCCACUGCCGGUGCCACGUGUGGGUGGAUACGCUACAGAGGCCCAGGGAAAAGGGAGGGAUGAGCAACAGGCACACCUUCCAAAAGGAGGAGAUAAAAAAGUUACGUGGAAAAACGGUGAAUUCACUACCACCACACCAUCCCUCAGUAUGAGUGAGUCCAUGAGUGCCUCCGCCACUCUUCCUCUCUCGGACACCACUACUGUUGCCCCAACAUCAGAGUCUCCAGCUGAUCAACAACAAGAAGGAUCAUCAGAGGGACGGCCCGCCACUACUGAGGAGUCGACUACGACGAGCACCGCAGCACCGAAGAAGAAGAAGAAGGACGGCGGCCGCGGCCCUGAGUGGCUGCACGGCCCGCUGGUGCUGCUCGCCGCCCUCACCGCCGCAGUGCUGUGCUGA